GUUAACAGAAAUGAACAAACUUGUAAUAUUCUUGGCGCUUGUGGCCUGCGCCAGCGCUGCGGACUGGAGCGCAUACAAGACGCGCUUUGGCAAGAGCUACCGCAGCCUGAACGAGGAGCAGCUGCGUCUGCGCAUGUUCGAGAAGAAUAAGCGCAUCAUAGAGCAGCACAACAAGCGCUUUGAAGCGGGCGAGGAAAGCUACGACAUGGGACUGAAUGAGUUCAGUGAUUUGAGCUUCGAGGAGUUUCAGGCGCUUUAUUUGUCCAGCUUUGAUGCGGCAGCAGCAGCGAGUGUGGAGCAGCAGAUUGACGAGGUGAGCAGCAGAGCAGCGCCCAGCAGUUUGGAUUGGCGCAGCAAGGGCGCAGUAACUGCGGUGAAGCAUCAGGGAUCUUGCGGCUCCUGCUGGACUUUUUCAGCAGCUGGCUGCUUGGAGGGCGCACACUUUAUAAAGACGGGCAAGCUGGUUACCAUAUCGGAGCAGAAUAUACUGGAUUGCUCCAGUCGCGCACCCUACAACAACAUGGGCUGCAAUGGCGGCUACACGUCGCAGGCUUUGCAGUACAUAAUCGACAAUGGCGGCGUCAAUUACAUGAGCAAUUAUCCCUAUGAGGGCGCAGUCAAGACCUGUCGCUACAAUCGCAACUCAAUUGCAGCCACAAUGCGCUCCAGAUCAAGCGUUGCACGCACUGAAGCAGCGCUGAAGGAAGCUACAGCCAACAAGGGACCCAUUGCCGUCUCUGUGGUGGUCACCGACAAAUUCCAGAACUACAAGAGCGGCGUCUUCAACGACAACACUUGCGCUGGCAAGGUGGUGAAUCAUGGUGUGCUCGUUGUUGGUUAUGGCAACGACUCCGCUGGCGACUACUGGAUUGUUAAGAACUCGUGGGGCAAGAGCUGGGGCGAGUCUGGCUACAUACGCAUGUCGCGCAAUCGCAGCAAUCAAUGCCAGAUUGCCAGCUAUGGCCUCGUUGCAGUUGUCUAAGCACAAGUUACACUUAACUCAGUUAAUAAAUCCGUGUGUAUUAAAGCAA